GAUUACAAAUACAAACGGUUUUUAAUAAGUAGUAAAUAAAAUCGCUGCCAUUUCAAACAAGAAUACUGGUUGUUUUUAAAUAAAAAUGUUAUCAUCUAUGGUAAAGGAGCAUCAAGCAAAACAGGUAUUAAAGAAAGAACUACAAGAAGCAAAAAGAAAAGAGGCAUGUUCGGCUGCAAAUGAUUUAACACAGGCACUGGUAGACCAUUUAAAUGUUGGUGUAGCUCAAGCUUACCUAAAUCAAAAAAAAUUGGAUGCGGAAGCUAAACAAUUGCAUAUGAGUGCGACGAAUUUCUCCAAACAGACUCAACAAUGGUUAAACUUAGUUGAACAUUUUAGUAGUGCUCUCAAAGAAUUAGGUGAUGUGGAAAAUUGGGCAAAGGCCAUUGAAGGGGAUGUUCGUACUAUUACAACUGCUUUAGAAAUUGUCUAUCAAGGCUCUCAAGAAAAUAGUCAAUAGUUUUACCUUGUAAAUAUAUAGUUGUUAUUCUGAGUUGAUAAAGAAAGUGUAUGAUUCUGUUGUAUAUAUAAAUUAAUUUAAUGAUAUAUAUGUAUUUUAAGCUAC